AUGUUAGUCCAGAGUAUUGAAGUCAACGGCUCAAAUGUUACCAUUAUCCCGUGUUGCCUCCGUGUAAAGCAGAUCACGAUGACACCACCUCAGCUAGACGGUACACUUGGUAAGAAGAGCCCCGCUGGUCUACACUCUCGCCUCUUUCACGAGUUCGAAGGCGACGCGAGCAAUGCCAGCAUCGGUUCAGGAGAAGGAACAGAAGAAGAUGACGAUGGUACGAAGAAGAACCAGAAGAAGAGGGGCAUCUUCCCUAAAGUGGCCACCAACAUCCUCCGAGCCUGGCUCUUCCAGCACCUCACACAUCCGUACCCCUCCGAGGACCAGAAGAAACAGCUGGCACAGGACACGGGCUUAACUAUCCUACAAGUCAACAACUGGUUUAUCAAUGCCCGCCGGCGGAUAGUUCAGCCUCUCAUAGAUCAAUCGAACCGUGCGGGCGCCAGUGUGCCGCAUUUUCCAGGUCCGGCGGGCGCGUACUCCCCGGAUGCGGCGUCUAUGGGGUACAUGAUGGACGGCCAGCAGCACAUGUUCCGCGCCUCCGACCCCUACACCGACCACGCCGCAGCAGCAGCCUACUACGGUCAUCCUGCAGCCGCGUACAACUACCCACACCAUCUAUAGGUUCGCGUGUAGCGGCGUAAGUAGGCAUGAGCGUGGUGGUCCCUGAUGCCCUGAGCCGCAUGCAGCCCCGCGUAGAGUGUCCGGAGGUGUAGUAGUGUGACGGCCGCCGGCGACAGAGAGGACUGUCAGACGCCGGCGGCCGUAGCCAGUGCUCCGUGUGUACCGUGUGGCGGCGGUGUCAGGGGAACAGUGUACAUAAUCUUGGUGUCUCGUGCGUAAGUUUGUGAGGACGGCCAGGGGUGAGGACGGUGGCGCGGGCUGGGCAGGGGCGUGGCAGGGCGCGGCAGGGCAGGGUAGGGCAUGACGCCCUCCUUCCCGCCGCUGUGCGUGUUGUCUGUCAUCAUCUCAACACUACAUCACCAGCAGCCUGCGCCUCACGGUAUGCACCGUGACGUCAGAAGCAGUAGGCCGCAGCACCAACCCUCCCAUGACGUCAUACGGAUCACAGCAGCAGGAGCAGCACCUCUCCACGACGUCACUGUAACCGACACCAUCGUCAGAAGCAGCAUCGGCAGCAGCAGCAGUGUGCUAUAGUUGGCGCAGCAGCUGCACCAACAGCAGGGCAUAGUGCUCGUCCUGGACAACCUCUCAAGUGCCGUGCAGCAUCACAUGCCCCGGAGAUCAAUACCUUAAAUGAUAUGAAAGUGAUAUAUGUAAUUCUUUUGCACCAGAUUUUCGUUUUAUGAGAAAUUCGUACACAAUCAGAAAAAAAAUAUGACAAAUACUUCAGUGCAGUGGUGACAAAUGGGAACUCUCAGAGAACAUUACCGGUAACAACUACAAUAAUCCGCCUACUGCUAAACCAACAUCCACACCGCCGCGAUGCGCCACUGGUCGGGUCAGACAGAUGACCUAAGAUGACCUAGCUCGCCUCUGUGACCCCCCAAACUCAGGAAAAGUGUGAUGGCAGGAUGACCCUGGCAUGGUGGUAAUUUAGCCUACCCACAGUGUAAAUGUGCAACAUACACUAUACUCCUACCUAUAUCUGACUUCUCCCAUCUGCAAAGUUUAAGACUAUCCCUUCUUGUUUUACCCAAGUCAACCUUCCCACUUCAACCUCCCAAGCUCCGUCCCCCCCCCCUUCUCUCCAAGUAUCCUGAAUUACCAUCUUGUGGAUCAUCAAUUACCUCACUUCAGACUAGCAUACAGCCUGAUCUCUGACAGCCUGACCUCUACAAUACGUCCCUAACCCUCAGCAGAACCCCCAAGCAGAACCAUUCAAUGCAGUACCCCCUCUCUCCCUCAUCAAACAAACCUUUGCACUUUGAUAUUGCAGAAAGUAAUCGAGAGACUGUGGCGGCUGUAUACGAUUGUGAAUUCAGUAUACGAUUGGAGUUUUCAUCCUGUAUGUUGUACGUUACUUUUGGUGGUUUUUAAAUGACUUUUUGAAGUGACUUUCUGCAAUAGCUUGUGGAGUAUCAGAAUGCCUAAAAAAAUACCUCGAUUUUAAACAAGCUUCAAUUUCUAAUUUUUUGCGAUUGAUAUCAUGUUAUGGUACACGAUGGUAAAAAAUAAUGUGGUCAGAGAAAAUGAAAACUAGACAAUGCAGAUGAUCCCAAUAAAUGUAAUAUAAACGCUUUAGUGGUCAAGAGUCCCCACAUCUGACCCCAGGAGGCCGGCACAUAGCAGUGAUACCAGCUCCGACAUGGCAGUGUAUACGUAUUACUAGCACUUGUUUCACGACGUUGUCAUGCUUGGCAACACUGGUUGGUAACACAGAGACAUUUGUGUCAUGCGGGGACUCAUUACUACUCCUACUUAACUUUGUAUAAUAGGUAACAUUUAAAUAAAAAUAAAAUAAAACCAAGCAAGAAGUUAAUAAAAUAACCAAACACACUUUUCACACAUGCAGCAAUAUUGAUAUUAUUUCUGUGAUGUUCUGUGUUAAUGCUGUCCGAUGCCAUUGUAGAGCAUCAGGAGGCAGUUGUGACUGGACAACUUACCGCUGUGUUACACACUGGUAAACAUGUUAACACGCGCUCACUUCCGGCAAUGAUAAUUGAGUACUGCUUUGUUACGGUUCCUUUUUCUAUAUAUAUAUUUUAUCUUUUAUUAUUGUCAUUAUUAUUGCUAUUAUCAUAAUUAUCAUUAUUAUCUCUUCCUAUGUAAAAAAUAUGUAUCCAGAUAGGAGCUGUGUGUGUACGCCAAGUGCACCUUUACAAAGAAGUUUUGUUCUGCAAUGAUUUGGCAAUAUUUCAGACCAUAAAAUUAUGUACUAAUUGUGUACAGUAUAACAAAUGAAAGUCUUUAAUUAAAGAGCAAAAAAUGUUUUGCUACCCCAAUAUUUUAUUUUAUUUUUUUGUUAUAGUUAUCAGCAAAAUUCAACGAACAAAAUCAGGAAUCAAAUUCUGGAUGAUGCUAAAGUUACUGGCAUAUUUUAAUGUGAAAAAACUUACAUAUGACAAAAAAUUUGCACAAGCGCGCACUCAGUCUGAAGGAUUAUAUAUAUAUAUAUAUAUAUAUAUAUAUAUAUAUAUAUAUAUAUAUAUAUAUAUAUAUAUAUAUAUAUAUAUAUAUAUAUAUAUAUAUAUAUAUAUAUAUAUAUAUAUAUAUAUAAAGUUACAUGAUUUAAUUUUUUUUUCUUAACUGCUCAUUACAUAAAUCCUGAAGAAAAAAGCAACUGAAAUGGUUUCUCUUGUUACUGUGCUCUUGUGUUGCCACAUUGUAAUAUUAUAAAGCUGUUUUUGGCGUCAGUGGACCCCGUAUGGUUAGGUAACUGUGUAGUAGUAAAAAUCUAUCCGAUUUCUGAGCUGCUUUCCCUUGUUUUUGUACAUACUGGACGUUCCCUGUGCCAGUGACUGGGCCGCUCCUCUUCCCGUGACUGCAGUGUAGAGUGACAUUUCUACAGUGGUUGUAUAUUUGUAUCCUAAAUUCAACUUCUCAUGAAGAAAACAUUGUUACAACAAAGUUCAAAAUGUCUGCAAUUCUGUAAAAUACAUUUUUUAGCUCUUAUAAUAGAAUCAUAAGAAUUUAGUUGAGCCGUUAUCGAAAUUCUUCUUUCCAGUCUGCAUUCAAUGAAAGCAUUAAAUGCUGGGUAUUGUGUAUAUGAUUUUUCCAAAAAUAAACGUGUUUUAAACUAU